AUGUCCCGGUCUGUGAGUUUCAGCUCUCGCUCUGUGGCCGUCCCAGGGAUCAACCAAGUGCGGGUCAGCACCGUCUCCUCGACCCGUGGAGUAGGAGGGGGUGUCGGCUUAGGCAGGGCAGGUGGCUUUGGCAGCUCCAGCCUCUACAACCUCGGCUCUGCCAACAAGCGGAUCUCCUUUGGAGGUGGCAGCUCCUACAGCGCUCGCUCUGGGUACAGCUAUGGAGGCAUGGGAUUCGGUGGGGCUGUCAGCCCUGGGGGCAUUCAGGAGGUCACCAUCAACCAGAACCUCCUGACACCCCUGAAUCUGGAGAUUGACCCCAGCAUCCAGCGGGUGCGCAAGGAGGAGAAGGAGCAGAUCAAGACGCUCAACAACAGAUUCGCCUCCUUCAUUGACAAGGUCCGGUUACUGGAGCAGCAAAACAAAAUGCUGGAGACCAAAUGGAGCCUCCUCCAGGACCAGAAGACCACUCGGAAUAACAUUGCUCCCAUGUUUGAGAUGUACAUCAACAACCUGCGACAUCAGCUGGAUGGGUUGUUGAAUGACAAAGGGCGUUUGGAGGGGGAACUGAAGAACAUGCAGGAUCUUGUUGAGGAUUUCAAGACCAAGUAUGAAGAUGAAAUCAACAAGCGCACGGCAGCGGAGAACGAGUUUGUGGUGCUCAAAAAG